AUGUAUGAUAUCCGAAAAGUGCUUUGCGUUCCCGUCACAGUUAUGAUGAUCACUAUUAUGUUAUUUGCUAUUUGUGUUAAACGAAGAACUAAGGAGAACGAUCAAGAGAUGCCACGAAAAGAUCGUUGCGAAUCCGGCGCAACAACACCACAACCAAAUCCAACUCCAAAACCAUCGAUAAAACAAAAAGGUGGAGCAAAAAUGAAAGAUGAGAAAACUCCUGCCACCAGUUUUGCGUCGAAAAAUGAUGGUGAAGAAACAACUAAAAAUCAAGAAACAGCUAAAAAUCAAGAAACAGCUAAAAAUCAAGAGACAAGUAAAAAUCAAGAAGCAAAUAAAAAUCAACCGGAACCAGCUAAAACUCCGGAAGGAGAUGUUCGUCGAAGGAAUCCACCACCACCACCGAAUGAACGUCCUAAGACUCCAGGAAACCGUGCAGAACGAGAGCCUUCGUCUUCGCUUAAGUCCUGGAGAUUGAUCAACGAUGAGAAUGUGGGAUUUGAAUGA